AUGCUUCUCGGGGCUAUCUUGUUACUGAGCGCAAUUGUUCAGCAUGUGGCCGCCAGUGCAGGUGCAGGGCCGUACCAGAGUCUAUUAAUCUGGUACGCAUAUCGGAUGGAUAUCGAGGCCUUCGGUAUACGCGAUAACAGACUCGCCCCUGGUAUCACGGGCUCUGCCCCCGACGGGUCCUGCUAUUUCGACGAGCUCAUGGACGGGCUCCAAAGGAAGGGCCAAAAUCUCGCCCCCGGGCAGCAGACUUCCGUCGGAACAGACCUCACCCCGGACGUGGUCGAAACCGCCAAAGAGAUCCGCGGGCUAAAGUCCUUAGAUAGUUCGGGUAACCAAAAGCCGUUUAUCUACAGCGUUGACAACAAAAAGCUCUUCCCACCGGGACACUUCACGACGCCCAACCCGCUUCUUGCCGAUCUCCUGGAUGGCCUAAACAGUCGUAUGAACGCUGCCCGGAAGGAGCUCGGCGAUGAAGCUCUUGGGGAUACGUUGAAGAACGCGCGGACUGCCGCAGAGGGGAUCCAUGAGCAACGGGUCCGUGAGAUGUCGGAGAACCUCAUCGAUACGGCCAACGACUACCUUCAAAACGAGAAGCAUUCGAGCACUAAGGUGGUGACAGAGGAGCUAACGGAUAUGGAAGGGGGGAAAUACACACGAAUUGAUAUGGCGAUGACAGCGGUGGCGGACAAGAACUUUAUACAGUACUGGGCCGGCUUCUCGCCGUGGCUGCAGCAGUUCAAGGGUGGCAAGACCGACAAAGGUAAAGCCCGGUCUCAUUACAAUGCUAUGCGUGGCUUUCAGGGGUUGUCCGGCCGUCUGCAGAGGAAGUGCUUAUAA